AUGGAUCACGCCAGGAACAACCUGCACCGCGGCGCUCCCCGGGCAUUUCCGUCGCGCCACCCCCGCCUCGCACUCUUCGCCCUGACAGCUGCCGGCGUGGCCCUGGGCAUCAAGUACCAGUCCGACAACCUGGCCAAGAACGAGAGGGCGCAGAGGUCGACGAACGACCCCAACUACUACGUCUCUGUCGACAGGUCCGGCGGUGGCGUCUAG